AGCAAAUGUUUGAUCUCACUUUUCGUUGCAGAAGACAACUCCAUGUGCACUCCAACAGCGAGAGACAGCUACGAGAGGUUGUCACUGGCCGGACAGACUCUGCCUCCGGGCUUUCCGUCGCCAUUUCUCUUCCCAGACGGUCUGUCAUCGAUAGAGACUCUUCUCACCAACAUACAGGGCCUGCUCAAAGUGGCGAUUGACAACGCUCGGGCCCAGGAGAAGCAGGUGCAGCUGGAGAAGACGGAGCUGAAGAUGGAGCUGUUUCGAGAGAGGGAGCUCAGGGAGACUCUGGAGAAGCAGCUCGCCAUGGAGCAGAAGAAUAGAGCAAUCAUCCAGAAGCGUCUGAAGAAGGAGAAGAAGGCCAAGAGGAAACUGCAAGAAGCUCUGGAGUACGAGUCGAAAAGGAGGGAGCAGAUGGAGCAGAGCCUGAAGCAGCCAUCGCCCUCAGACAGCAUGCGCUCCCUCAACGACUCUCUGACCCCUGAGAUGGAGAGUGACCGCAGCAGUGGAAGAACAGAUGCUGAAAGGACAAUACAAGAUGGAAGACUGUUCCUGAAAACCGCAGUGAUGUACUGAUAAGGCCACGAAGAGCUGGAGGACAGAAAGAUUU